AUGAAUGUAAAUAAGAAUGCUAAAUAGGUGAAUUUGAUAAGGAUAAAGGAAAAUAGAAACUUUGAGAUACAAUAUUUUUUUGAAUUUGGAACUGAAAAAUUAUGUCGAAAGAUGAGUGAUGAUGGGUAAUAUUUAAUAAGCUAUGAAGAUAGAGCAAAUGA